AUGUCCUUCUCAUCAGAGCAGCAACCCAAGCCAACCCCCCAAAGCAAAUUGACCCCAACAUUGCCACCCGCUGAAACCCUUACUGAGCUGCUUUUAAACUCAGAAAUCCAGGAGAUAAGUGAAGAAGAAUUUUUAACCAGUCUGAUCAAGAAAAGAGACCAUGCCUUGGCCACUUCCAAAUCACAAUUCCCCAAAUCAAUCAAGGAAGAUUUUGCUCGAAUUGUGCUUCGUAUGGAUUGUAUCCUCAAAGAUUACGAGUCAAACAAAUGUCUUCCAACUGAUGAAGCCAUGCACAAAACCAAGCAUCACUCGGGCUUCUGCUUCUGUACCCCCAAAACCAAAAAAGAUGCAGAAAUCCGAACAAAAAUCGCAUCCACCCGUUCCAAUUACUUCUCACAUGUCAACCACACCAAGUCAAGCUGA